AUGGUCGCACUAUCAGGCCUUGUAAUUUCCUCUUUUGCUUUGAUAGCCCAGCGGCUUUCUCCAGCAUCUGCACAACUGCUCCCUCCUGGCAUGACAGUGGGUUCAGACGGGCCGGCAGAUGAGGCAACUAGAGGUUACUGGGUGAAUCAUGUCGGCUUCAAUGUUCGAAACCUCACCGAGAGCAAGAACUUCUACGGCAACGUUCUUGGCCUUCGUGAAAUCUUCACGAUCCAGUAUACACCGAAUUUCAGCAUGACCUAUCUGGGGUACCCGCAGGGCGGCCGGAAUGGGUCCGGCUUUCAGUCUGGAGAGGAGAUGCUGAGAGACAAGAAUCAAAUGGGCGGCCUAGUCAAACUGUUUUAUUUCGCAGUCCCAGACAGGUUACCGGUCGCCUCCACAGAACGGACGAGCACAUUCUCAAACAUCGGCCUGAUCGUGCCGGAUAUCCAAGCAACGCAGGAUCGUCUGGAGAAACAUGGUGCUAAGAUAGUGAAGCGCCUUGGAGAAACAACGAUCCCGCUCGAUGGACCUAUCGCCACCGCAAUGAACGUUGGUCCAGCGUCGACGUCUAAUAUGACUGAAGGAGAAGCGCUAAUUGAGGGCCUCCAAACCACUUCCUUCGAAAGAGUCCUGUUUGCGGAGGAUCCAGAUGGAAACUUGAUAGAAAUUUUGGCGCAGAAUGGAUUUUAG